UCGUCAUUUUGCUUCAGGCUCUUCGCUGGAGAAAACGUACGGAAGAGUUCAAGAAAGUUUGGGACCUUUUUUGCUUUCUUACCUCUCCCUUUUUUUAAUCCCGUGGACCCAGCAGGUCACUUUUUCUGUGUUUCAUCCAUGUGUAUAACCGUGUUGCUGCUCGUCGCCGCCCUGUCUUCUUGCACAGGAACAGCAGCCUCAGCAAACAAUGUACCAAAGAUCGUAGCCUCUGCAGGUCAAACUGUCCUCCUGCCCUGCAGCACCGCUGCGAGUGACGAUGUACCAACAGUAGAGUGGACUAAGGAUGAUCUGUCCGCAUUUGCCUUCCUGUACCGGCAGGGGUGUGAGACCUUUGAGAUGAAGAAUCCAGUCUUUCGGUACAGAACAAACCUCAUCAGGGAUGAACUUCACCAUGGAAACCUGUCAAUGGUGAUAUCCAACGUGCAGCCAAGCGACAGUGGAACAUACCGGUGUGCGAUUCGAAGAAAGGAGGAAACAGUCAUUGCAAUACUGGAGCUGUUUGUAGGUGCUGUUUCUGAGCCGAAACUCUCAGUUGUUCCAGAUGAGGGAGGUGGACUGACUCUGCAGUGUGAGGCUAAGUGUUGGUUCCCUCAGCCUCUGAUUACAUUUCUUGAUGAUCAGGGAAAUGAAAUUAGUGCUGAAGACCCAAAGAGAGAUGACGAAUCCCAGUGGUGCCUCACAGUCACAAGAAGAGUGACUCUGCAGACUGCUACCAAAAGGGUCACCUGCAGAGUCCACCAGCCUGAGAUAAACCGAACCAGGGAGUCAACGAUUUACAUACCAGAUGAAUGCAUGAAGUCCUCCACUCGAAUCAUCAUAAGCACUGCUGUGGCAACGACCAUCAUAGUGUGCACACUAAUCUAUGCUCUUGCGCUCUUUUUAGUCAAGAGAGGUUACUUGUCUGUGGGAGGACAAAAAUCGAGCUCGGAGAAAGAUGAGCUAAUCAAACAAUUAACUAAAGAGCUGAAUGACCUCAAAUCCAGGCAGAGUCCAGCACAACAGCCCAGCCAGUCUACAAAUAACCCUAGAUCCUCACCAGGCACCUCAAAGCGUGACAUCCCACCCCCACCAAAGUCUCCCUACCACAGCAAGCCCCUUAAGCCAGCAUCCUCAACCAACAACAACAGUCCUGUCGCUUCAGGACAAAAUCCGGCACGCAGCCCACAGAUGAGAAGAAGCAGUCACGGCAGCAGUUCUGCUGUCUCAAUAACUAAUGGUGCUGCGUCAUUCAAUCCUCCUCCAGAUUCAAAAGACAAACCUCUUCCCCGUUCAACGAGUCUGUCUGAGAAACGGCCUCGUAAUGUCAUUGCAAAGUCUUCACGCAGGAAUACUCUCUCAGGCAUUUCCAACAACCCCUACGGUGUCCUGGCAGAUUUAUCAGAAGACGAAAAUCCGCUGAUUGGAUAAAGAAGGAUAACCAAAUGUGAUCAGCUUUUAUAUUUGUAUAAAUGAAACAAAACAUCUCAGGUUAGUGAUUGAAUCUUAGUAAAAGCUGUCACUUAGAUCGGAGUUUGGGUGGUUUGAAAAAGAAAAAAGGAAAAGUAACGUGUACAAAAUUCUUCCCACUGAGCCUCUAAAGCCGGCUGAAUCAUCAGCUUUGAGCAGCAAAGAUCAGAGCAGAUUACUCUAAACCUUUGCAGCUUGAGAGUGAUCCAUAUUUUAAUACCUACUACACAAGGCUGCUUAUAAGAAAAGUUUUAGUGUAGUCUAUUUAUAAAACAGAAACUUGGAAUAAGUUGGGGAAAUAACCUUGUUAUAAACACUUGUUUUGAUAGUCUUAACUUGCACAGACCUUAUGGGUCACAGUCACAGUUUAUGGGUCAGAUUGACCCUCAUUUACUAGUUUAUUAACAGCAUGUAGACACAAAUCUGUUGUGUGUAUGUGUGUUUCACACGCAAAUGAGUGAUUUAACCCCAUUUCCAUACAGUUUGUUCAUACUUUAUGAACAAAUUAAGGCAAGCACUGCCAUAGGAAAUGUAAAAAUUUAAAAUGAAUAGCAUUUUACCACCACUACUACUAUAUAUUUUUUUUACUUGAGCCACAGUGAAUAUCUCAGUUCAAUGCAAUUAAAUUUCAUAUUUAUAAAGCACCAAAUCACAACAACAGAUUGCCUCAAGGUGCUUCAGAGGGCCCUCUGACCCUUCAGAGGGUCAGAGGGCCCGGUGGCGCCAGUGUCCGGCAGCCUCGCCUCUGUCAGUGCGCCCCAGGGCAGGUGUGGCUACAAUGUAGCUGCCAUCACCAGUGUGUGAAUGUGUGUGUGAAUGGGUGAAUGACUGGAUGUGUAAAGCGCUUUGGGGUCCUUAGGAACUAGUAAAGCGCUAUACAAAUACAGGCCAUUUACCAUUUAUAUUGUAAAGUAAAGAUCUACAAUAAUAUGAAAUUGUGAAUUAUAUUCAGAGCCUCUGUUACUUCAGCCUUACAGUUUUUUCAUCACUAUGAUGGAAAGCACAGAUGCUUUAAGUGUUUACUUUUCACUCUUGGGAUUUUUUUGCUGGGAAUUAAAUUCUUGUUGUUUUGCACUUUUCUCUUUAAUGUGAUGUUUAUAAAUGAUGUUAUUUUGCAUUUGUGUUUCAUUACAGCGAUUUGACUGGUGGGGUUUUGUACAGUUUCCUAGUAUAAAAGUUACAUUCAUUAAAAAAUUGAUCAUGCUGCAGUCUUUGUGCAUUAAAAGGAGACUAAAUAAAA